UGCUCACUGAUCGUGUGAAUGAGUAGUGAACCACGUGUUUUAAAUAAUUAACAUAAAACGCAUGAAUCGACUUGGUAGUAGCUUUGUUGAUUAUAUAUAUAUGUAUAUAGUGCGUGUACUACAGUGUCUUUUAUCGGUAUAUGCCGUGCACAUGUCCACACAGCAGUCUGUGGGAUUUACUUGCAGCUCAGGUGUAUCUUCUGAACAAAAUUAGCUGAAUGCACGCAAGGAAAACACGUUAAUUACCCCUACUUUAUUUACAUCUAAGUGAAGGCUUAUUUAACACUCUCCACCAGUAUCGGAUUCCGACAUGUUAUCCAAUUCCAUAACACAGAAACCCUGGAUUUUAUGACGGGUGUCAAACAGAAAUAAGCCACGGAAUCCACAAACAAACGGACUAUGGCUGGACUAUUCCAUAUAUUCCUAACCUUUGACCCGGUGUUACUAGCACUGAUCGUCUUAGCUGCUGUGUUACUGUACAGUUACCUUAACAACUUAUACACUGUGUUCAACAAACUUAACAUACCGGGACCUAAACCUAAAUGGAUUUUUGGGAAUCUUGGUGAAUUUAGAGACAAGUUUCCUCUAGAAGUGUUUAAAGAAUGGAGAUUGAAGUACGGAGAUGUAUUUGGGUUUUUCGAGGGAUUUAGACCAAGUAUCGUAAUCAGCGAUCCUGAGAUUGCAAAGCAAGUCCUAGUCAAGCAUUUCGACAAAUUCCACGUGCGACCGAUUUACAAUCCAUUUGUGUAUUACCCUGAUAAUCUGAGUUUACUUAAUACAUACGGGGACACCUGGAGGAGACAGCGCUCUGUAGUGGCAUCAGCCUUCAAAUCCGUAAAUACAGCUCACGUUGUCAAAUGUCUGAAUCGAGUUGCCGAUAAGUUGGUUAGCAAGCUUGAGGAAAGUGCAGCACACUGUCAAACCGGCUCUGAUAUCACAAGCCUGAUAGACAGAUUCUCAAUAGAUGCUUUUGCCUAUGCAGCUUUCAACUACAACGUCAACAGUUUGGAUGACGAGAAUGCCACACUUUAUCGUUAUAUGAAGGCAUUUAACCAUUCCUCCUCGGCGGACAACCCAGCGGCAGGCUUAGCCAGAGUUUAUGAAAGCCUAACGCCAUUUCUUAAAAUAUUUGACAAAGAGCACGCAAUGUUGCAUGAACUCCAUGUUAAAGAAAUCAGAAAGUGCAUUCAGGAAGAGCGAAUAAGGCAGCUAUCUGAGCAGGGUGUCAACAAAGCCGAGAUGAACUUCCUCCAGCACCUAAUGCACGGAUCGUUCCAAGUUCAGGGAGCGGACGGUAAAUGGUACAGACGAGGCCUCACGGACGAGGACAUUGUAGCUCACCUGAAUUCUCUGAUAGGCGGGGGACUGGGGACCCUGAAUGCCUCCAUAGAAUUCGUCAUUCACAUGCUGUCUGUCAACCCGUCAUUACAACAAAGACUGUACGAUCAAAUUAUAGAAGUUUGUGGAAACGAGGAAAACCCAACUGACCAACAGCUCAAAGACCUAGAGGAUAUGGACAAAUUUAUUUCUGAAACCCUUCGAUUACUUCCCUGCGCCCCGGGAGUAGCCAGGUUGUGCACGGAGGAUUGUGAAAUUAAUGGAAUUCCAUUCAAAAAAGGCUGGUUUGUAAGGAUUAUGUUGUGUACACUGUACACCGAUGAUUCCGUGUUCCCUAAAGCAGAGAUUUUCGAUCCGGAAAGAUUUUCCACAACAGAAAAGGAGAAGAGACAUCCGUAUGCGUUCCUUCCAUAUGGUCAGGGACCGCGCAUGUGUCCCGGGUAUAAUAUUGCACUGUACCAAACAAAAGCAACAUUAGUCAAGAUCCUUAGGAAGUUUAUCAUUGAAAGUUGUCCAAAUACAGAGGACCCCCUUCCAACUGCCCUGAGACCGAUGUUGUGUCCUAAAAACGGUGUGUUCAUAAAACUUAGAGAUCGUAUUCAAACUCAGUGAUGAACUACAAUUGUUAAAAUGAACAAAACGACAAAAUCAUGGCAAUACAGGCGUGCUUGUAUUUGGGCAGCCCAUGUCCUUCGAAGGAGCUCGACGCAUUAGACAUGGACAGGUCCCACUCCGAUUUCCUGAUCAAUAUUCACCAAGAGAAUUAUACUCAAGUUUUCAUUCAUCCAAAACCCAGUUGUUUUGAUGAUUGACACAUAAGUCCUCAGUGUGUUAUAAAUGCUCAUGACUGUCUGUCUGUGUGAAGUGAAUAUAACGCCAUUUUCUCCAUGGAGAUAAUGCAGAACUUUGUACGUUGUUACCACGUAGGGUAACUACUUUGACUCAGAUCCACGAAGUCGUAUUAUACGACAGAUGUUGAGAGGGACCAGUCAUACUGAAUAGAAAUCCAUUGACAUGUGUAUGGUACAUAUGAUUUAUGUAUUAUUCAGACUUCAUUAUCAUGAUGUUCUUGUUUUCAUGAUUUCAAUGAUUGUACAUACGUCAAGAUGAUAUUUAUUUGUUCAAUAAUUUGUUAUGCAUGCAUAUAUUUAAGUGCAAUUUAAAUCGAAAUUAAAUGUUUUGUUAAACGUUA